CUGAACUUGAUAGAAACCCUAAUUUUAUAUUGAGGAAGGAUGAAAGCCUAGUAAAUGAGCUGGUGGGUUUAUUUAUUUGUAUUCUUUCAUUUUUGACAUGCACUAUUUCUACAUUCAUAAUUCAAUGUGAAUCAAGACUUGCAAGCUCUCAAUGGAUGGUUUAGAUGAGAUCUCCUACAAUGUGGGCCAUUAGAUUUCCUUUUUCUUAUUUUUUAUUGACAAGAUGCCAAUUUUUUAGUCUAGAACUUAUCAUACAUGGACCUAAAUUGCAUGUAUAUAUAUUAGACUUGAGUGAGCUUCAUGUAGACAAUAACAUUUCAUUCUACUAAUGUGAAGUGAGUCUUCGUACAGAGUCUAUAUCUCUUAUUACUUACAGAAGCCAUUAAACCUAAAGCUUUUUCCCACCAAAGGUUUUAGUACAACUUAUCACUAUGAUGAGGGAUUUGGGUGCUUGUUCUAGGUUUUUAUGUGGGAUUUUGCAAGGUCUUAUGUCCACUCUAGCCUUCUUUUACUGCCUUGGGGAUUGCUUGAGAUUAGGGUUCCCGAAGCUUUUACAUGCCACAUCAAUGUUAAGAUGGCCACCUUGUGAGGCCAAUGAAGAGAAGAAUGUGAUCCCUAACUUGGAUGCCUUCCUUUCUGGGGUCUUGACCAAUGUGUUCCAUAUGAACAAGGAUGGACUCAUAAUGAAGGAGACAAUCAGUAGGGUCUUGAGAAAUUUAGGGUUGAUAGAAGAGGAGGAGCAGUUUGAGAAUCCCCCAAAUGGAGCUGAAGAGAUCCAAGUCAAUGACUUGUUGAGCAUCUGCAACAAUGCCGUGGAUGCGACAGACAGUCAAGAUGUCACUGAGAAUGAAAGCUUGUUGAUGGAAGCUUUCAAGGUGUUUGAUAUGGAUGGUGAUGGCUUUAUAUGUCCCUCAGAGCUUCAACUGGUUCUUGAUGGUUUAGGGCUCUUAGAGGGUAGAAACAUCAGUGAGUGUAAGAAAAUGCUUCAGAUGAUGGAUCUAAAUUCAGAUGGAAAGGUUGAUUUCAUUGAGUUUGAGCACAUGAUGCUCAAGAAUGGGAUGAUGUAAAUAACCUUUCAUAAUUUGCAAAUGAGAAAAAUUUUAUGCUAAAGAUAUCCCUAUGUACACAAGGGCAAUAAAGUUCUGUCAUGUAGAUUGAUACUCUUUCCUCUAGUUUCAUUUCUCUCAUAAAUUCGAAAAGGAAGAUAUGGAGCGAUUCAAAUGUAAAUCAUGUAGAUUCUUUCUUUCUAA